AAGCGCCCAUUGACGAAGCACCGUGCAGCAGGAGCCACUGUGAUUAGGCUGCCAGCCGGAUCAGAUGGUCUCUGCAUCGCAGGGGGUGGGGGGAAGCAUCUCUUUGUCAUCCUGUCAUUUGCGGCCAGCUCCUCUCUGCGCUCAGGCUGCAUCUGCGAUCGGUGAUAAACGUGCUCUCACACGCCAUGUGAGUGUGGAUAGCAGCGGGCACCUCGCUCCAGCUCCUCCGCCUGCGUUUUGUUGGCCGAUGUUUCUCUCUGCUCUUCUCUCUUCUGUCGAUCGUCGUGCUGGAUUGUUCUGUGUCUAACAAAGCCUGGUCUCAGUCUGCUUGCAGACAGCUGCUCUCCGAACUCGGUGCCUUUGGUUGAAUGGUGGUGCUUUGGGUGCUCCAGUGGCUCGGCAAAUGCAGAAAAGGGAGCAAAGUUUCGGUAUACAAAUGCUCACCGUCCAGCCGGACACAAAGCCAAAAGGCUGUGCUGGCUGUAACCGGAAGAUCAAGGACCGCUACCUGCUGAAGGCUCUUGAUAAAUAUUGGCAUGAGGACUGCCUCAAGUGUGCCUGCUGUGACUGCAGGUUGGGUGAGGUGGGCUCCACGCUGUACACCAAAGCCAACCUCAUCCUGUGCCGGAGAGACUACCUACGGUUGUUUGGCGUAACAGGGAACUGUGCAGCCUGCAGCAAGCUGAUUCCAGCCUUUGAGAUGGUAAUGAGGGCAAAAGAAAAUGUCUAUCACCUGGACUGCUUUGCAUGCCAGCUCUGCAAUCAAAGAUGGAUCCUAGGACACAGGAAGAAACUAGAUGCAGCAGAGGCAUGGGGGGGGAGCGAGCACCCAAAUGCACAGCAGACCAGAUCAACUUGAAUUCAUUCUCUUUAAUGAAAUAUAGUUAAAUUCUGUUAUUCUUUCAGUUCUUAAAUAUUGUUUUCUUUGCUGUGCUUAGAACUGCUAAAAGCAAGUGAUUAACAGUACCUCAAUGUUGCAAGGCGUCAAGCAGGCUGUUCUCAGUUGAAAGUGGCCACUGAGCUUAGAGUGUCAUCAGCAGGUUGCAACAGAGAUACAGAGAGACUGGAAGAGUCACGGAAAGGCAUAGGCGUAGAAGUCUUUUGGCCACAUCCCAUAAUGAUGACUGCUUAAUUGUAAACAGUGCUCUGUGGAACAGGAUGAUAAAUGCCACUCAACUCCAGGUACAUUUACGGGAGGUGAGAGGCAUCCAAGUAUCAAGUACCAUUCUAAACUGUUUACAUCAGCGUCGUCCGCGUGCUAGACAACCUGCAAGGGUACCUGACCACACCACCAGGCAUGGCCUCAUCAUCUUGCAUGGACCAGGGAGCAUUUACACUGAAUGAGGGACCAAAUGGUCUCAGUGCUGUUCUCUGAUUAAGUCAAUUCACGCUAAGAAGAAAUUAUGGCCGCCAAUGAUAUUGGUGACGUCAAGGAGAGCACUAUGCAUCAACCACUAUUGUCACCAAAAGAGUCUUUGGUGGUGUAUUUGUUACAGUGUGGGCAGGUGUGUCUAGUCAAUACUGAACUGCCAAACACUUUGUGAAUGGUACAGUGAUAUCAUUAAUCCAGUCAUUGUGCCUCUGCAUGAACAAUAUAGGCCUAAUUUCAUCUUCAUGGACGAAAAUGCUUCAUCUCAUCGAGGUUGCAUCAUUAGGGAACAGCUGCUGGAGAUUGGGGUACCUCGAAUGGAGUGGCCUGGUCUUUCUCCAGACUUGAAUCUCAUAUAAAAUGUAUAGGAUUAGUGCAGUCACUGUCUAGAGGCUCGUAAUUCUGUACCCCAGAACCUCAAUGACCUGAGGGCCACCCAUUAAGAAGAGUGGGAUGCCAUGUCUCAGCAGAGAAUAAAUCAACUUGUGAAUCAACUUGUGUAUACACGUCGUUGUCAAGCUGUCAUUGAUGCUCAAGUGCACAACACGUUAUUGAGACAUUGGCAUUUUUUGUUGUGGUUUACCAACCACUGUUGCUUUGGUUUCAAUUAAUUGUUUGAGAUGAGAAAAUCACCAUUCCGUGCCUCUACUUAAGUGCCUUACUUGCAUGAUAUUAUACCAGUGUAGCGUGAACAUUUUAAGUUUACCAUAAAUUUAACCCGAAAGACAAAUAUUUCUAACUUGCGAGAAGUGUAUGUUUUAUUUCUUAUACAGAACAAAACAUAUUUUUUUCUUGUCUCCAGUUUGUCCAUAACCUAAAAAUGAAUUACUCUUAUUGUAAACAUAUAACAUAUAAUUGAUCUGUUGGGAUGCAGUUAAACUCUGUUUACCUUUAAAUUGUCCGGAAUUUAAAUAUUCUCCACCUAAGUGAAAGUGCUUUCUUAGAUCCAAAGACAGAGAGCUGGUUCAGGGGAUACAGGACAGGGUGGAGGCACCGAGAUAUGAGAUUCCAUCCUGUAAGCAGUUAGCCACAGAUCAGCCCUGGGGACAGCUAAUCGAUGAAGCUGUCAUCCAGUCUCAUCAUCUAGUCCUAUUUCCCCUUAAAGAGCUGGAGGCCACCGAAGAGCUGGAGGGUGAAGGUUAGUGUUGAUGGUAGCAACGGAAACCAGGCUGGGUGACUGCAGAAAGGAAAGGUCAGUACUGAAGAAGGAAAAAAACUUUACACUGGACCACUCAAAGGAGAUGCUGACACAAAUUACUUGAGCAAAACCAAAAUGGUUGUUUAUGAAUUAGGAAUGUUAGGACUCUUAGAAAGAAGGCAAAGUAAGCCAUGACUAGUAAACUAUCACAAGCUGUGGUAUGUGUACUAUUGGCUUUGUCUGACAGAAGGACAUUGAUGCCGUUCAAUCAUUUUAAAUGCAGCUGCUGUUUAUGAUAUUUCUACUUGAUGUGUAUCAGAAUCAGCUUUAUUGCCAAGUUUGCACAGACAAACAAGGAAUUUGACUCCUGUACACUUUGCUCUGAAUGAUAAAGAACAUUUGUUUUAGUGUGUAUGUGGUAGGAUUGUCAAAAUAAUCGAUAUUUUGACAUAAUCGAUACAAACAAAUGAGUCAAAGAUAUUCAUUUGAUAUUGAAUUGAUUCAAUAUAUUUAUCAAUUAGAUUUAUAUAAUUCAAUUUAUAUAAACUGACUAUAAACUGAAAUUUUAGUUUCCCCAAGUUGUUGUCCUUCUUUAGACAGCAGCACUGCAAUAACAGACACUCAGCCGGCCCAUUCCCUGCAGCAGCUCAGCUGAACAUUCAUGGCUGAGAAUAAAACUGUGACCUGCUGCUGGAAGUUUGGAAGCUCUGCUAGCAUGGAAAGAAGAGCUUGUGUGACUCUCUUUAGCCAAGAGGUCCUUUACCUAUGAGGCAAGUGAAAAGGAGAUGCUGAAUCCCUCAGCAGACAGCCCCAUCCGCUGCUAAAUAGUGAAGCAACAAACUGUUAAUGGGUCGGUUGCGAAGGAACAUAUCUGAGUAUGGAUCACAUUUAUGUUUAUACUAAAAAGAAAAAAGACUAAUCAUUUAUUUGUCCCUCUGUAGGAAAAUGUAUGUGUAUCAGCAGCACAGUGACAGAAGAAUGGAAGUUCACACUAAAGAUUAGUAAUAAUAAUAAAUAUAAAAUAAUUACAUGAAUGAAUCUAAGGUCCAUAGUUGCAUUAAGGAAAGAAACUCUUAUUCUAACUGUUAAUUUGUCUAAUGCAAUGCAGGUGAUGUAACACUUUUAAUUUAUAUAUUUUUAUAAAGACCUGCUAAAUUUCUAUUUAUUGGCUUUAAACUUCAAUCAAGUUAAAAACUUUUAGUAUCUUGAGACAUAGGGGGAAGGACUUUAGUAUAUGCAGGCUCAUUGAGGACCUGUCAUUCUUGCCAUUAAUUGAUGUGACUAUGAAUUCUGCUUUCUACAAGAAAAUCCUGAAGAAGAACAUCCAGCCAUUACUUUGUGACCUUAGCACACUUGGGUUAUGCAGCAGGACGACGAUUCAAAGCCUACCAGCAAACCCACCUCUGAAUGGCAAACUAAGUCAGGUCAAGAAGGUUAUCGAUUGACAUAAUAAAAGUCUGGACUUGAAUCCAGUUGUGAUACUUUCUUAUUUUAAGUUGGUAUUGUGUCAUUGUGAUGCUCUGCUUACUGCAAAGCAUUUGUAAUUUAAUUUGUUAAAAGUGUUAUAUUAAAUAAAGUUACUUGCUUACUUCAAUUUAAGAAAUGUAGUUAUAUUUUUAAGAGACACUUUGCAAAUUGCUGAGAAUUGCAUCCCAACCUGCACACCGCAGGUUGGUUAUGUCAAAUCAUAAUUGGUCCUUAUGGGAUAUAUCAAAUCAGCGUUGAAUCUGCUCUCCAAUCCUGAUUAAUGGUUAUUAGGCUAAGUAUACUAUGCUACUCUUGUGUGCACAUAACAGUCAGGGAGACUUCACCUCCCACCCAACCAUGCCCUGCCUCUGCAGUUCUUAUACAUCUUUAACUCAACAACAAAACAACAUUGUAGAACAUAUUUAUGUAGAAACUGUAGAAACAUCUGGAAACUGUAGUGGAUAUUAGUAAUGACUUAUAAUACUGCAUAACAGUUAAUCAAUUGGUCUUGUUUCUUUAUUAAUUAAUUAAACAUUACAUUUAUCAAUCUAGUGCGAUUCUUUUUACCGUUCCAUUAUUGGAAUAAUCAUUUUUAGAUAUAUUGUAAAGGACCAGGAUUUUAAUUUAUUUCUCUGUACUAUAUUCAUUUCCAAGUAAAGAUAAGAAUGUGUUGCCAAAAGACUGUGAGAAAAUCAUCAUGACCUACAAAUUAUGUGAAUUAUUAAUCAAACUAAUAUUUGUUUACAGUAUUUUCUGAAAUAUUAGAAGUAAAAAUAAUAAAAAGAUGGACAACAAAAAACCAUCAACUUCUAACUAUAAGAUUAAAAGAAGUUUGAAAUAGAAUGUUCAGCAGUCUUUUUAUUUAAAGGAUUAAGCACUGAUUAUCAGAUUUUAAUCAGAUUUGUGUGAAACCUUGAAUGAAAAGAUUUUUAUCUGAUUUCUACUUUAUCUAAGAGGAGGGGGCAAAGAGACGGUUUAACCUUCUCUCUUCCUUAUUCAGUUCCAAAUCAGCAGAAUAACAUAGAAAUGUCCCAUCUUGUGUUCAGGAAAUUUAUGCUCGGAUGGAAUGCAUCUUUUGGAUCACAGCCAAUGCAAUAACUGUUAAACGAAAGGUUGUUUGCCUAGUUAUGUGAUCUGGGUUUCUUAAGUCUGUGAUAAGAAAACCCAGAGUUUUAGGAGUUUCACUGAAAAAUCAGACAGAUGUCAUUAAGGUAUCCACUUUCAAAGGCUUUCUCACUACCAGAAACGUCCCGUAACUUUCUGUCAUGUUCUAGGUUUUUACUGCAAUAAAGAGGAGAUAUGGCUCCUAAUAUGUUGUGUUACAUGUGUUGACAGAGAUGUCUAACCUUUGUUUGAUAAGCCUCAGCUAAACAGUUAAUGUUGGAUGGAACUAUUUUCACACAAAAUGUCAAGAAAAUUCUCCCAAGGUUGUUUUACUCAGCAAAAUAUGGGAAUGUUCAACUAUGAAAAUUAAAUCAUUCUAAGACUGGAAUUCAUAAUCAUUCAAGGACAUCAUGUUACUGUAAAAGCAUGACACAAAAAUAAAAUAAUGAGAGAAAAUGAUUCAAUCUCUAGUUUUUUUCUAUAAAGAAGUGCACAGUGGAUCUGUGUUCAGAGCAGAGAAAUUCUCUGGUUUACUCCUUAUUUCAAGGCUUUACUGUAGAUGUGUGCCUCACUAUAACAAAAAAAUCCUUGCAAGCUGCAAUUAGAGCUGACAGUCUGACUGAGCUGCAGCGAGAAAGAAGUAAAAAAUGUCAGAUAAUGCUACCAGUUGUACAGAGCGAUUACAAUCAAGGUCACAAUGGUCAGCUGCCCAGAGUAGAGGUAAGUCAGACUUCAUCCUUUGGUGAUCAUCUAAGUACUCUCCUCUGUUUCUCUGUCUUUUGCAGGUUUUGUGUGGGAGACAAAUUUUUCCUGAAGAACAACAUGAUUCUCUGCCAGACUGAUUAUGAGGAGGGCCUGAUGAAGGAAGGCUAUGCUCCACAAGUCCGCUGACCAUCCUAAUCACAUCAGAUGGAAGAGUAGAAAUAAAAUAAAGAGACUGCAGGAGAGCAUGCAAUCACACAAAAUGCACUAUUGCCUCCUAUCCAGGUCCUAUACCCAACAUGUACAUAAACUGGGAUACGCUCUACUGUACAGAAUGGCCAUGAAGACAAAAUGGCAAAGAAACUGGUGUAAAUUAACAUGUUUGCAUAUUUAAUAAUUUUUCUCUGACAGAUGCUGGCUCUGUUUACCUGACAAACAAUAAACUAACUGUGCCCUGAGCGUAUUACCUAACCAAGUGCUGCUCCUGGUUCAAAGGUUGCUGGUUUCAUUGUAUUCAGCUAUAGCAGAUGGAACCCCACCUGACAACCUGGAUCUGAAUGACGCAAAGCUCAUUUUAUGUAAUACUGAAUCACACCUUGAAAAACCUGAAGACUUAACAAAAAAAGGAUGACUGUCUCACAUCUGUCUAUGCAUGUAUGAGCAUCUCACUUCAGCCAGAGAAUUAUUUGCGCUCAUAACACUCUCCGGUUCAUGUAGUCCUUUUAGAAGAAAAGGACUACAUGAAAUGACCUGAAGAUCACCAGGCUUCUGUUUCAUACUGCUGCACUGUCAUGAUACUGUUAUCCUGUCCUGAGAAGUUUGAAGACAAGGUCUGACUAGUUGUGAAAUAUUGUUUUGGUAAGAUAAUGAAAAUAAAAGAACAUUAAUUAGAUAAAAUGUAGCACUAUCGUUAAAGGCAUCUCAAAGAGGGUUAAGUUCAUCAUUCAUUUAAAUACGUUUUGUGAUUUUCCACCUCCCACACAGAGAAUUAACCCAGAUUUAGUAACUGGCUGCUAAAGAAAGUGAAAUAUUUAACACUUUAUCUGUCAGAUAUGUUUACCGAAGUGGAUAAAGUCUAAAGUUGUACAAAAGAAGAGAGAAUUUCACAAAUUUCAGUUUGAAUUAAUCCUAAACCAUUACCACUGCCUAAUUUUGUUUAUGGCUUCCGGGUGUAAAAGUUAUUUACUGGAUGAUUACAAAUUGGUUAAGAACUUUACUAAUGGCUCAAAUUUUUUCAAGUCAGGAGUAGCCAGCAGGUGACCAGAAAACUGUAUUAUUAUUUUGUACCAGAGAAAAGACCUCUGGACAAUCACAGGACUGAACUAUUUGGCCAGCCUGGAUAUGGAAAUGGACUCCAAGCAAACUACUUUGAAAGAAAGGCUGCAUAUGUUUUUUUAUAGAGAUGGUUUUUGUAUUUAUUAAAAACGUUUCUCUCACACUGAA